AUGGACGAACAACCUAGUAACAGAGGGAAGGACGGUCAGAAGGAUGACAGAGAGAUUAAGUAUAGAGGCGUUCGGAAGCGGCCGUGGGGGAAGUAUGCGGCCGAGAUACGGGACUCAGCCAGGCAAGGAGCCCGAGUUUGGCUAGGUACGUUUAACACGGCAGAGGAGGCGGCUAAAGCUUAUGACAGGGCAGCAUAUACCAUGAGGGGUCAUUUGGCAAUCCUUAACUUCCCGGAAGAGUACAACAUGCCUAUUAGCUCAUCACAUUUCGCCUCGUCUUCGGGUUCAAUGCAGGAUCAGAGAGAUGAAAAUGGAAGACAAGUGUUUGAAUUCGAGUACUUGGAUGACAAGUUGCUGGAAGAACUUCUCAGUUAUGAUAGGAAAGAGCAGUGA